AGAAGUAAUACUUUAGUCUCAAUUAUCAAACGCUCAGAAAUUACAAGCGUUUCAGGGACAAGUGAUGCGUCAAAAUAAAGAAGUUUUUUUUUUUCAGUUAAAGUAAUUCAUUGAAGCAUUGACAGUACUUUAUAGGAAACAAUUUUAUCAACUAACGUUUACCUGCAUUGGGAAGAUGGGUAGAAAUAUGUGGAUAGAGGGUAUAGGAGAUGACGUGUUGUAUGCUAUUGGGGCCUUCUUUGGAAUGUUUAUACCAAUUGUCAUAACAGUUUAUCAAAGGUCAAAUUCUGUUCAAAGAAUCCACCCUGAAAGUGAGGAAAAUGUUCGGGAAACAAGAGAAGAAGUUGAACAACAGCGAGCACAACAAGAUCGUGAGACUCAAACACAGCAGCAGACAGCCGGAGACCAACAAGAGAGAAAUAGGCCAAUGAGAGAAAAUCAUGGACAACACCAAUGUCCGAUAUGUCUAGGAACAGCUGAAUAUGCGGUGCAGACAAAUUGUGGACACAUAUUUUGUGGUUUAUGUUUGAUAACAUACUGGCAUCAUGGCAGAUGGUUGGGACCAGUGGUAUGUCCUGUAUGCAGACAAACAGUAACAUUGAUGUUGGUAAAUUUUACCCAGGAUGAACAUAAUAGUGCCUCUCCUGAGAAAAGAAAUAUUGUAGAUUCUAUCUAUCAGUAUAAUAGAAGAUUUUCUGGAGAACCAAGACAGUGGAUGGACUAUAUACGAGAUCUGCCUACACUUUUACGACAUGCCAUCAGCGAAUUUUUCACUGUAGGAGGCCUUGUUUUCAUGUUUAGAAUCCGCAUAUUUGUUAUUUUCAUCCUGGCAUUCCUCUACUUUAUCUCCCCAUUAGACAUUAUACCAGAAGCUCUGUUUGGAAUAUUUGGAUUUUUGGAUGAUUUCUUUAUAUUGUUACUACUCGCAAUUUAUGUCAGUUUGAUAUAUAGAAGUGUAGUUCAACAACGAGCAACAGCUGGAGCGAGAUAAAAGUUCCUGUACUAUUUCUUAUUUUCAAAGUGACCAUAUCUGUUUUAUCAUACACUCAACAUAUGACACUUAAUCAAAGUGCUACACAUAACACUUUAUCGAAGUGCUACAUAUGACACUUAAUCAAAGUGCUCAGUGCUGAGCUAUUGUGAUAGCAUAAUAUCUGUUUAUUGCCAGUUGUGUGUUUAUGUCCACAAUUUCGUUAAACAAUAUCUCCACCUAAACCAUUUGGUAGCUUUUUACUAAUCUUUACAGGAAUGAUCUUUUGGUGGCCCUCUAAAAAAGUUGAAUAAAUGGUUCAAGUCUGAUGCACAAGUAGGUCACAGGAGCUUUAAACAAAAAGACAUUAAAAAUAAAAUCUUUGAAAAAUUAUCAGUAACAUUAGUGUUGAAGGUUUAAAUAUUUAGCAUGUAGCAUCACAUUGUGGUCCUCUACAAAAGUUUUAUGAAUCAUGCCUAUUUGAGUCAAAAUUGGCGCCACCCUGGGGUUAUUUGGUUUAUUUAAACUUAUAUAGGAAAUGCAUAAAAGUCUUAUUGUAUGAAACUUCAAUGCUCAGAGUAUUGCCUAGUGGACGUCUAAAAAGUUAUUUUAUUCAUACCACUGUUAUCAAAUUUAAAACACUUGAAUUACCUACUGUAGCAUUGAAGAGUUGUGAGAUUUUCCAGCAUUGGAUCUCGGGUGAGCAAUCUAGGGCAAUCAUGACCCUCUUGUUUGAAUGAUCAUAUUGGCAAAAGCUGCCUGGUCUGUAAACACAGAUUUGAUCUAUGCUAAUGUUCUAUGCCUGCAAUAAUAGCUGCUAGCACUCAGGGGAUAUGUAAAAGAUGACUACAAUACACUUUUAUAUUAUAUAUUAUUUGCUUAAUGUUCAGACACAAUGAUUACUCUGUCUACAUAAUUUUUUUAAAUUUUGAUUUUUUAUUCUUAGGAACCAAAAAUUUAUAUUUUAUGCAAUAUUUAUUCUUACUUUAAUUGCUUCAAAACUACUUGUUAAAGACUUUUUGUGAUAUUUCAUGCAUUUGGCUUGUUUGUCAGGUUAAUUUAUGAUGCUAUGAUUAUAUGUCAUAAAUAUAUCAUAUAUUUAUUUAUUAUGAGAUGAAUGUCAUGUUAAAGAAAAAAUGGCAGGGCAAAAUGUUCAAGCUGUCAGGUAAUAGACUAUUACAACAUCUAUAUUUUAUACAUAGGAAAUGGGUGUUUGGUUGUAAUGUUGUAAUUGAUUAUUAUAGCAACUCCACUGAGAUUAAAAAAAAUUAAAAACAUGAAGUUUAAGAAUCUUUCAUUGAUAAAAUGUAAAAGGGAAAAUAUGGAAAAAAGCCUUGAAGAAGUAUAUUUCAAAGAAAUUUUUUAUUGAAAUUAAAAUUUAUUGCAAAUUCUGAGCUCAAUUAAGUAAAAAACGCUUUUCAUUUAUGGGUCAUUUUGCUUAAUAAAUUGUCUUAAACGUUGCUCACUGGUAAUUGGCAUAGACCUAUAUUAGUUGGUGUGAAAAUCUAGAAAAAAUAUUUCCAGUCCCAUCAUAACAAAAUAGUAUUAUUUUGGAGAAUUGAUCCCAUUUUCUCAAUCUCUCAUUCCCAUAGUGAUGAAUUUCAUUUCAUAUAUAGAUUCUAUAAUUACUUCUCAGUUCUAUACUUGUCCUUUGUUAAAUAUAUGACAAUAGAAAUACAAAUGUAUAUAUAUUUAUAUUAUAUUUUUAUCAACUGUUUUGCUCAUAUAGUUUCAAAGCUAGAAUACCAUUUGUUACAGUGUGCAUUUAUAGUUCACUUUUUUAUUUUUGAAUAGCUUCAAAGCGAAGUAUGUACAGAGAAAGCACAUAUCUAAGAUUGUUAUAUGAAACUUGUAACAAGACAAAGACAUAUAUAUUUUAUAGAUUACUGUAAAUUUACUCGAUUUUGUGGGCAUGAAAUUUCGUGGUUUAGUCACAAAGGACAUUUUUAUGGGUUCUUAAAUUCAUGGAUUGUCUAUUUCUGCAAAAAUGUGAAAUGCAAAUAGUGUACUGCAAAAUAUUGUUAAGCAGACAUUAUGAAAUUUGUUUUGAUCUGAAUUUUAUUGAUUGACCUGUACACAAAACCCACGAAAAUAACUGCCACACAAAAAUAAUAAUGAUUUUGCAGUAAUUGUUUUUGAUUGAUGAGUGUCUUUAUUAUGUUUUGACUGCAAUAAGUUAUGGGAAAAGGUUCUUUUUAAUUAUUCCAUUUUGUUAAACAAAAUUUUGUUCAAAGUUUAAUUGUUUAAAAAUUUGCUUUGUUUGAUUAAUUGGUAGUGUAUGCUUGUACUUGCAUUAUUUCUACAAAAUAAUACAUCUACAGUAAAAGCUAACAUAACUGGAUAAAUAUUUUUUUAUUUGUAAAAAUAUUUAUUAACUGAUAUGGAUCAAAUAUGUGGUGUCAGUGUAUGUGAGAUAUUAUUUGAUAUUGUUUGGAAAAAAAACAUUAUAAGAACUGAAAAUAUAAAUAAAAAUGCUUUUUUUGUUGCUUUAAAGGGCUUUGUAAACCAUAUAAUCGAGGGUGAAAACAUAACAGCUGCAUAUACAAAUAGUCCCUUACCAGUGUUUAUUGGCAGUUUAACACCAGUUUUUUCCUUCCUUGUCUAUAGUGACAAAAUCACGUGGAGUGUUAGAAUGUGGUAUUAAGGUAUGGACUUUUUCAGCUUAACUUAUUAAGCAGUAAAGCUACAAAUACCAUGCUAUAUGGUUGUAAGUAAAGUUACGAUAGUAAAGGAAUUCUUUUUACAAGACAGUAUGUCAGAAUGUUUGUCCAAGUUGAUUUUUCAAGUAUAUUGUUAAUUUAGGUAAAAAUGCAUGAUUUUAAAUGAAUGUUAAGUAUAAAAAUGUAAAUAUUUUGAAUUUUACUAUUUUUAUAUCAAACUGCUAAACAUUUCAUUUUCACUGUUGGUAUGUUUAAAUGGGAUUGUUAAUCUAUUGUGUAACCCAUGUUUAAGUGCUAGAUAUAUAUUUUGUAUAAAUAAUUGAAUGGUGAACUUGGCUAAAGUAUUUAUAGAAUCUUUAUGCUGCUGAUUAGCCUGUGUGACCCAGUAUAUAGCCAGGCUAGCCUGCACAUCAUAGUACACUGUUGGUAGCUCAAGUUUUGUAUUUCGAUAUGAAAUCAUUUAAAGUGGAUUGGUCUACUACAGAUACAUUUUAAAUAUUUAUAAAAAAAAUAGAUUUAUGUGUUGUUAUGAUGCUGAUUGAGUGCUAAGUGGUUUAGUAUUUCCAUUUAUAUGAUAAUAAUGAUAAUUUGUUCUAUCAGUUAUUCUGCUAUAUAUGUAUAAAGAUAUAUACUAUCUGAUCAUGGAUCAAACACUAAAGUACCAACAACAUACAUGUUUUAUUCUUUUGUGGUUUGUUGACUAGUAUAAUACUAAAUACUAUCAAGAGAAUCAUUUUUGGUACAACAGACCUUCCAUUAUUGACCAAUUCACUUUAAACCUUGAAUGAAAUUUACCACAGUCUAAGCAAGGCAAAUUUGUUACACAAAUUCACUAGCGUUAAUGUUCAGUAAGCAAUUUUAUAUUAUGCCUUGUACUUUCUUUGUAUUGUUUAUGUUGUUAAAAUGUUUAUUUAUUUCAGGAUUUAUGAGAUCAUAUUAAUAUAUUUAUAAAAGAGACAUGUCAAUUUAUAAAAGAAAUAAAUUUUAAGUUUAA